CUGGAAUGACCAUUUUGAGGUGAAAGAGACCAACCCUCUCCCUCCAAACUGGGUAAAGAAGAAUAUUGCCUUCUUUUGAACCUAAGUCAUGAGUUGGAUGUUCCUCAGAGACCUCCUGAGUGGAGUAAAUAAAUACUCCACUGGGAUCGGGUGGAUCUGGCUGGCUGUCAUGUUCAUCUUCCGUUUGCUGGUCUACAUGGUGGCGGCAGAGCAUGUGUGGAAAGAUGAGCAGAAAGAGUUUGAGUGCAACGUUAGACAGCCUGGUUGUGAAAAUGUGUGUUUUGACUACUUCUUCCCCAUCUCCCAGGUCAGACUUUGGGCCUUACAACUGAUCAUGGUCUCCACGCCUUCACUUCUGGUGGUUCUACAUGUAGCCUAUCGCGAGGGUAGAGAGAAAAGGCACAGGAAGAAACUCUAUGUCAGCCCAGGCACCAUGGAUGGGGGCCUGUGGUACACUUACCUUAUCAGCCUCAUUGUUAAAACUGGUUUUGAAAUUGGCUUCCUGGUUUUAUUUUACAAGCUCUAUGGUGGCUUUAGUGUUCCCUACUUUAUGCAGUGUGAUCUGAAGCCUUGUCCCAACACUGUGGACUGCUUCGUCUCCAAACCCACGGAGAAAACAAUUUUCAUCCUCUUCUUGGUCAUUACCUCAUGCCUGUGCAUUGUGUUGAAUUUCACUGAACUGAGUUUUUUGGUCCUCAAGUGUUUUAUUAAGUGCUGUCUCCAAAAAUACUCUAAAAAACUCAAGUCCUCAGUGUGUGAGUGCCACAACCUCAGAUAUGUUAAAUAUGGUGAGAUGGGGGCCCCUCCCUUGCUCCAGAAGCACCGUUUAGACUCAGCCAUGAGCACAGCCCAGGGAGGGGAAACAAAGGUACUCUGUGGCACACAAGAGGCUUAAAGCAAACCCGCAUCCCUCUGAAGUAGACAUAGGCUUCCUUGGAAAACAAAGGGUGUCAGCCUUAAUGUCACUUGGGAGGAAUUUUUUAAAUUUUCAAUAUGUGCUCAGUUGUAUAUACUAGACAGAGGUCUCAUUGUUUGGUGGUAGGGUUCAUCCACAUGAACCCUACAUGAGUUGUGUUUGAAUAGUUAAUUGCAACUUAGUCUGAAGAAAGCCAACUAACAGCAUUCUUCUAAGUGCUUAGAUCUAUCAACUGGAAAAUAUAAAAAGUGACACUUCUUUCAAAUGUGAUGGCCUCCAAGCAACUAUUGAGGCACUGGCAAUCGUUCCAAGUGGCAGCCAACGCUCCACUCACUCAGCCCUACUCAAACUUUGUAGAGAAAGACUAUGAUGAGGGUGGGGUAGCAGCUAACCAGGGGCACACAGAAGCACAUUCAGUGAGAGGGUUCAGCCUGGGGAAAACUCCACAAAGCCCAGGACGCUUUGCAGUUUAGGUGUCCCUGGAUAUAAGUGGACUAGGGGAAAGGGAAGAAAGCCAUCAUUUACUGGUCUCCAACUUAAAUACAAAUGUUACUGGGAGAUAAUUCCACUUAA